UUCACAAGCUGCAGAGGCAGGCCCAGCACUCCUCCAGGAACACGUCCUCUCGCUCCGAGAGGUCAAUGCCGCUGCCGCCGCCUGCUCCGCAGCUACAGUGCCCCAACUACUCACUCUCCUCGAGAUCCCACACCUAUCACUAGUGCAAAUUUAUGCCGGUGGUUGGAGCUGUUCUUCUUCGCCCUGCCCAUCUUUCUUUCCUGCUCCGAUCCAAGAAGUGGGUAGGGCUCCGUGCUCAGUUUAUUUGACGUUUUUUUGUGUGCUUAUUACUUUGAUGUGCCUGUCUGAUUCUUGGCAAUGCCAAUGGAACUUCUUGAGAAGCUUAAAAAAAUACACUUUUUCUUUGAAAAAGAGAACCUAAAUAUCAUAAAAGAAAUUUAGGGGACUUGUUCCAAUCGAGGAACAGAGUUAGCGUUUCUUGAUUUGUUUUUUUUUGGUGCUCUGCCUAGUGGAUUACUGGGCCCAAAAAAUUUUAUGCCCUUUCCCCCCUCAGUAUCUGCAACUGUUUGAUGUCUUCUUGUUCUUGCUCAAGUCCCAAAGGCAGGACCCUUUUUUUAAAAAGCAAAAAUUUGUCCUUUUCUCCCCUUAUUUUCGACAUGAUUUCUUGGGACCAAUCCCAACCGCUCCACUAACCCGACUUCUUUUCUGUUUCUUCGCGUCUCCGUGUUUGCGGGUGACAAGAGAUUGCGGCGGUAGGGUUUGGUUAAAUCGUUCGAGGUCUUGGGAAAAUUUUGGGGCUGAACUGAAGAAGGGAGGUCGCAAUGCCGAAGAUGUUUGGGUUCUCUCGGCGCCGCAUGAAGCUGGGGAGGUUAAAGGGUCAUCUACACGAUCCUUUCCAUGGCUCUCGGAGCCCUUCUCGGCACACCAAGCGUUUUAGUCACCCCAAUGGAGAAGAUCCAGUGACUACCUCAGUUAGUGGUCGUGCUGAUGACCUUGCUUGGCGCUGCUCAUCUGAUACUUUUGAUCUCAAUGGGCGUGCUUUUGAGAGCUCAGAGAACUGGGCAGUGCUGUCAACAGAGGGCGACAAACCGACUCCUCGUUUUGAUCAUGCAGCAGCCAUUGUAGGGAGUAAAAUGGUAGUAUUCGGUGGUGAUUCUGGUCAUCACUUGCUAGAUGAUACAAAGAUAUUGAGCUUAGACAAGCUUACCUGGGAUUCCGUGUCUCCUAAUGUUCGACCAUCAUCAAAUGGACGUUCUUUGAAGUUGCCUCCGUGCAAAGGUCAUUGCCUGGUUCCAUGGGGGAAGAAUGUCAUUCUUGUGGGAGGGAAAAGUGACCCACCUUAUGACAAGAUAUCAGUAUGGACCUUCAAUACAGAAACUGAGCUUUGGUCGCAUAUGGAAGCCAAGGGUGAUAUCCCGGUCUCUCGAAGUGGCCAUACGGUGAUCAGAGCAGGUCCUGUUCUAAUUCUCUUUGGGGGAGAGGAUGCCAAAGGGAAGAAACUACAUGAUCUUCAUAUGUUUGAUCUGAAGUCAUCAACAUGGCUUCCUCUGAACUAUAAAGGUGCCGGACCUUCUCCAAGAUCAAAUCAUGUAGCUGCACUUUACGACGAUAGAAUUCUAUUGAUUUUUGGCGGUCAGUCGAAGUCCAAGACUCUGAAUGACAUUCAUGCUCUAGACUUCGAAACAAUGGUAUGGUCAAGGGUCAAAACCCAUGGUCAUCAUCCAUCUCCUCGAGCAGGUUGCUGCGGAGCACUUUGCGGGACUAAAUGGUAUAUCACGGGGGGUGGAAGCAAGAAAAAACGUCAUCCUGAAACAUGGGUCUUUGAUGUUCUGGAAUCCAAAUGGUCUGUUUGUGUAGUGCCUCCUAGUUCCUCAAUCACUACGAAGAAAGGUUUCAGCAUGGUUCCACUGUACUACAGGGACAAGAUUGUGCUUGUUGCUUUUGGAGGAAACAAAAAGGAGCCAUCUGACAAGGUUGAAGUACUAGUGGUGCUGCAAAACGAACACUGUUUCAGUUGGCGGUCUGCACCUGAGGUCGAACCAUUACUGUAUGACGACUCUCCACCAAGCUCAAGGGAACUUGCUGAUCACCUCAACAACUGUGCUUCUCUGUACUCUAGUAGCUCAGUAGCGAGGAGCAGCGUUGCCACCACAGCGGAGAACUCUUCUGGGAGGAAAUCCCUCCCUGAUUCACUGCUACAGAACUCAAAUCUUGGGAGCUCAUCACUCCGCAGGCAGUUCCGUCAAGAACAGGACUGCAGCCUGGCACAGAAACUGCAGAAACCAAUCGAUGAUGACAAAUACAAGGAUGCUGAUGAUUGUUCUGAGCUACCUCCCAUCACAAACCAAAAACCACGGAACGACACGCAUCAGUCCCCAGAUGCUGAAGCUAAAGCAAGGAAGCUGGGCAGAAGUUCAUCGGACAUCAACCACCAUCAAGACUUAAGGAUAACCAACCUGAUCCGGAGAAACAUGGCGCUGGAAGAACAGCUUUCAGCAGCGCUGACGACCAAGGAUGAAGCAGAGAAGAACCUGUCUCUGGUCAUCGACAGCAAGGAUGGGCUUGAGAAAAGGCUGGCUGAGAGGGACAGGGAAGUCGAGGCCCUGAAGGAGAAGGUGACCGGGAUGGAACUGGCGCAGGAGGAGUCGAAUAACCUCUCGAACACCGUCCACGCGGACAAUGUGCGGCUCGAGCGCGAGGUUGCUUUCCUGAAGGCUGUCAUGGAUGAGACCCAGAAGGAACUGCAUUCGACCCGUGGAGUUCUAGCAGGAGAACGUGCAAGGGCGUUCCAGCUCCAGGUUGAAGUGUUCCAUCUGAAGCAACGGCUGCAAACAAUGGAAGGAAGGUCACCUACACCACGAAAGCCUCAGAAUCUGUAGAGCACAUGCGGAAGUGUACAGUUUUCGAGCAUCCUGUUGUAAAUUCAACGGAGAGCCAUUUGAUUUGUACUCAAUGCAAAAACUAUUUUGCCACCGGGACACAACUGUGUAUCCAUUGAGUUUGGAUCCAUCCAGAAUAUAUGGUAUGCACAAAUUCUGAGUUGUCCUUAAGCAGAAGAUUAUAUUGAAGAUCUGCUGAAUUCUUUUGGUGA